AUGGUCAAGGGGAGUUGCGGUGCGGCAACGGCAAAUAUGUACGGUGGUGCAUGGCAAGAUGGGGCGCCUCACAGCUACGGUGAAAAUACUUACACCAAUGGUGACACUUUUCACGGUGAGCGGGAGUUUGGAAAGCGCUCUCGGUGCGGGGGGGCUACCUUCAUGCUGCGGGACACUACUUUGAGGGAAGCUACAAGGAUGACCAGCCGCAUGGAUACGAGCUGCUGCACACAGUUGAAGGGGACGGUUAUGCCGGGCAGUGGCGCUGCGGAGAGAAACAUGGGAAGGGUCGAGAGACGCUCCGCAAUAGACAACGCUUCUUUGGCACGUGGUGCGAUGGAAGAAAGGAAGGCAAGGCAAACUCUGCCAGAAGCGUUGCAUCCCAUUUUUUGGUGUAUGGCACGAUGGCCACAACGUUGGUAG